UGGAUAGGAAUCCUUGAAGAAGAGGAUGCAGGCGGCGCCAAGUUGUCCGUUCGCGGGAAGACGCGUUGUUCGCCAGCUGAGAUGCCUUCUUGUAUGCUUGUAUAUAAUACUCAGGCAGGCACCGUAUUUUGAGCUGUCCAUUCACCCAUCAGCAACCUCACUAGCUCAGCAAACUCCGACUCCAUCACUAGCCUCCGACGUGAUCUUCCUAAGCAACUUUGUCGAGUCAGAAACCUCCGCGUUCCUUCAGUACAUCCUACAAGUCGACAAUGGUUGGCCGCCUGAGCAUGAAGAACAAGAAUACAGUCCAGUCAGGACAAAGCUGCCUUACCGAAGAAAACUUGCGACUGCACAGCUCGACAUACUCCAAGCGCACAACUGCGUUUCAGGACCGCUUGUGCAUUGAAGACCGUACAUGGGCUGAGUCUUCUGAACUGUAUCGGUUCGAGGAUGACUUGAGCGAGUCUGGGGACGAGGACCACGACGCAAGGAGAUACAACAUCGCCCUGAGAAAGGCCGCAUCCUUGGAGGCAUUGAAGAUCUAUGGUGGCUGCUUCACAUCCGGCUUCCUCGCCAUGGCGCAUGGAGACAUCGACGACCGCAAGCUGUCGUGUCCUGAUGCCGAAGGACUCGAUCUGCAGAAGCUCGCCUCCGAGAUGGCUCGCGUCGACACAGGCAGCAUCGAAACCGAGUCGAGGUUCUCCGGCAGCUGUGGCAGCCCACGGCCAGACUCCGACACCUUGAGUCAAAUGGACGUACGAGAGAGGUGCGAGAAGAAGUGGAGCUGGAGGAGUCUCGGAAAGAAGAGGCGAAGCGAGAGGAACGCGGCAUGAAUCCGAGUGUUGAGCAUGUUAGUGCUGGCUGGAUUUGGUUGAUCAUACUUAGCGUUGGUGUUUGGGUUUCGACUUCAUUGACUGGCAUAACGCUACUAUUUUCUUUGUUUGCAUAACCCAAGAGAUUCUUGGAAGACACGACGCAUGCCUUCGUGUUGUAUAAUAGUGGCCUCGGAAAGAGCCACGACGGACGAGAAUGUACGAGAAUGGACGAGAAUGAAUACCACAAUAUCUCA